AUGGUCUUUUGUCAUUGUGCCUCGCCGUGGCUGACAACUCUUCCUACUCUCCUUUUCGUCCGCCUUGCUCUCCUUUUUCUAUUUUUCGCCUUGCUCUCCUUUUGUCUUCCUUUUUUCUUUUACAUUUUCUCUUUUUUAGGCUUUUCAUUCUUUCUCUUCUUUUUUUUUUUACACGUUCUUUUCUUUUUUACACUUUUCCUCGACUUUGUCUUUUCUCUCUCUCUCUUUUUUUUUUUUUUUUUUUUUUUUUUUACACUAUUUUCUCUUUUGUUUACUUUUCUCUUUUUUACACGUCUUCCCUUUUCUUUUUUACACUUUCUCUUUUUUAAAACUUUAUCUUUUCUUUUUUUCUUUAAACUUUUUCUUUUCCUUUGCACUUCUUUUUUUCACACUUCUCUUUUUGGACUUUUCUCUUGUCUUUUUUACACUUUUGUCUUUUAUACACUUUUCUCUUUACACUUCUCUCUUCGUUUUAAACUUUUUCUCUUUUUAUACUUUUCUGUUUUUUUCUCUUUUUGCACUUUUUUGUACUUUUUCUUGUCUUUUCUUUUUUACACUUUUUCUCAUGUCUUUUGUGCACUUUUCUCUUAUUUUUAUUCUUUCUCUAGCUGUUUUCUUACUUUUUCUUUGUUUUUUCUACUUUAA